CCACAUUCCGAAGCGCACGUGACGCUGCUUGCGCCUGAUUGCCUCCGGCAACCCACGGCAGUCACUCCGGAGUAUAAAAGGAGUACGGCUGGGGAGCGGGGAGUGGCUGCGCCAUUAGGGGAGGCGAGGCUUCACUUCGGUCGGCUGCCCUUCAUCACAAGCAUGGCAUCCACCGAGGGUCCUGCUGCCGACGCGGCCACCCCCAGCCCCGCGGCGGAAGAGAUGGAGCAGAAAAACGUGGCCGACAGAGUAGCCAGCCUGCCGCUGGUCAGCUCUGCCUACGACAUGGUCACGGCUGCGUACAGCUCCACGAAAGAAAGCCACCCGUACAUGAAAUCGGUCUGCGACAUGGCGGAAAAGGGAGUCAAGACGAUUGCUUCAGUGGCGGCCAGCGGGGCGCAGCCCAUCCUGAGCAAACUGGAGCCCCAGAUUUCCACAGCGAACGAAUAUGCCUGCAAAGGUUUGGACAAACUGGAAGAGAAAUUGCCAAUUCUUCAACAGCCAACUGAUAAGAUCAUUUCGGACACGAAAGAUCUGAUGACAGGAGCUAAGGAGGCAGUGACCUCCACCGUCAGUGGCAUGGUUGACAAAACCAAGGAAGUGGUCCAGGGCGGUGUGGAGAUGACCCGGUCGGCUGUCCAGGGCGGUGUGGACAUGACCCGGUCAGCUGUCCAGGGCGGUGUGGACAUGACACGGUCGGCGGUCCAAAGUGGUGUGGACAUGACGCGGUCAGCGGUUUCCAGCGGCGUCAGCACUGUGAUGGAGUCCUCAGUGGCACAGAUGGUGUCCAGCAAUCUGGACACUGUCAUUGGAAAAUCUGAGGAGUUGGUGGACCAUUAUCUUCCAAUGACAGAUGAAGAACUGGCCAAGCUGGCCACCUCGGUGGAGGGCUUCGAAAUAGCCACGGUGGAGCAGCAGAAGGAGCAGAAGAGCUACUUCGUGCGCCUGGGAUCCUUGUCGAGUAAGGUUCGCCACCGGGCCUUCCAGCACUCCCUGGCCAAGUUGAAAAGCGCCAAGCAGGGCACCCACGACGCCCUCUCCCAGCUCCACCAGACCAUUGAACUGAUUGAACACGUCAAACAAGGGGUUGAUCAGAAGAUUCAAAGUGGCCAGGAGAAGCUCCAUCACAUGUGGUUGCAGUGGCAUCAGAAACAGGCUCCUGAGAUGAAACCGAAGGACGUGCCUGAGCCACAGGAGAUAGAGUCCCAAGCUCUGGAGGUAUCUCGUGGCCUGACCCAACAGUUGCAGUUGGCUACGGCAGCUUUGGUGUCCAAUCUCCAAGGACUUCCUGCAGGGCUUCAAGAGAAAGUGGGCCUCGUCCGCCAGAACGCCGAGGAGCUCCGGACGGCCUUCAUGUCUGCUGGGUCCUUCCAGGACUUGCCAGGCUCCAUCCUGGCUCAGAGUCGGGAAAAAGUCGCCAAGGCCCGUCAGUUGACGGACGAGCUGAUGGACCACGUGGUCCAGAACGUCCCUCUGACUUGGCUCGUAGGCCCCUUCUCUGCCUCAGAAAAACGAAAUGUAGAAGAAAUAGAAAUGAAAUAGGAUGUCAAGGUGGGGCGGGAACGUGAGCGAUUCAGAAUAUGAUCCGAAGCGUAGGUUUUUGGGAGCAAAGAGAAGAGCUAGGCUUGGCUGCAAAUAGUUUAAAUAUCUAUGUAGAAGUCUUGAUGCAAAAGAUUUCUGAACAAAACAAAGGAAAAGGUUUUGAUGGUUCAGUUGCUUUUUUUCUAACAUGAGCCAGGCAAAUUUUGGCUGAUAGAAUUUAUUUAAUCCAAUUUAACAUGCCUGAUGGUACUAAAUUGGCAAUUUGGGAGGCGUUUUUCUCACCAGGGAUUGUACAGCCCAACUGAAAGCAAGUUUUUUCUUUUUUCUUCAAGGGUGGGAGGCUAGAGUUCAUCUUAAAUGCAGACAGCCAAAAUUUAGGAAUGGUUAUCAGUGGGUUUUUUUUCCUUCUGCAUCCCAACCUCUUUUAAACCCCAUGGAGAUCAUUCUUGCAAGGGGAGGACACAAAGAAUUUUCCAGUUUGAUGCAAACAGCAGGGAAACACUGAAGAGGUUAACCAAUUACACCCAAAUAUUACCUCUUUCUUGUUUUUUCCUUCCCAGUGACAAUUGUCUUGCAUAAUUGGCCUUUUUCCCUUUUUCUUCUCAGUGCACGUAGCCUGCCAGGUUCUCACAAAUCGUGAUAGAACUGAGAAAGCUUAAAUUGCCAGAAAUUUAGGUGGGGUGGAGGGGUGGAGGCGAAAGUUAAGAAAUUAUCUGUUUUUUAUUCUUGCUUUCUGGUCGUCGUCGUUCCAGCUGUUCUCCAUGCGUGUAGUCUUUAGGUGGGAGGAGUGAAAACGGAGCUAAACAUCUCUGCUCAGUUUCUCCUGCAUUUAAAGGGAAAUUAUGUAGGGUGGUGGUACAGCUUGUGCUUGAGACCCUUCCCAUCAUUUAGGGGGUGGAAUCAAGUCUUGUCUUUGAAGAAGGGCACUAGUAAAGUUGAUCAGACUUGCUUAAUUUUCAGCUCCUCGUGUGUAAUGCUUUCAGAGUUUUCUAAGGCCUGCAGAAGGCUUCUGUAUGUCACGUGAAACUGAUUUCCUCUCCAUGCUUCCCGUUGUCAAUUGAUAUCCGGUGCCUUAACUCAUAAAAUAAAACUAAUACCAUAUUGCAUUAAAAAGCUAAA